ACCUUGUUUUGGAGCUGGCUGUUUACAAGGCUGAUGUGGUGAUCUGUUGUGUGCUGAAAUGCCUCGGGGUGACCAAGAAACGAAAUGAUUGGAAACAGCGGCUCCAGCAACCUCUGCUUGCACAUCUGUACCCAGCACUGCCACGGCCGCCUGCCCAGCAUACCCGGUUACGAGAGCCAGAGGGAUGGUUGUAGUCACGGGGCAGAACAAAGCGAGUGGACGCCCGGGAGAUGCCAUGUCGACCUCGGAUGCAGAGGAUGAUUUUCAAGAGCCGGCCACCCCGACGGCCACCCAGGCGGAGCACUCCCUGUCCCUUCUUCCUCAGCAGUUCCCUGAAGUGGUUCCCCUGAACGUUGGAGGCAUGCAUUUCACCACCAGGCUGUCGACACUGAGGCGCUAUGAAGACACCAUGCUGUCAGCCAUGUUUAGCGGCCGGCAUUAUAUCCCGACAGAUGCUGAGGGCAGAUAUUUUAUCGACCGAGACGGAAUGUUCUUUGGAGAUGUGCUUAACUUUCUGCGGUCUGGUGACUUGCCUCCACGAGAGCGAGUGAGGUCAGUUUACAAGGAAGCUCAGUAUUAUUCAAUAGGACCAUUGCUAGAAAGCCUAGAAGAGCUCCAGCCCCUUAAAGGAGAGAAAGUCCGGCAGGCUUUCUUGGGCUUAAUGCCCUAUUACAAAGACCACUUGGAGCGGAUCGUCGAGAUCGCUAAGCUGAGGGCCAUGCAGAGAAAGGCCCGGUUUGCCAAGCUGAAGAUCUGUGUCUUCAAGGAAGAAAUGCCCAUCACGCCAUACGAAUGCCCACUGUUCAACUCCCUGCGCUUCGAGAGGAGCGAGGGUGAGGGCAAACUCUUCGAGCACCACUGCGAAGUGGACGUGUCUUUUGGACCUUGGGAAGCCGUGGCAGACGUCUACGACCUCCUCCAUUGCAUCGUGACCGACCUCUCCAGCCGGGGCAUCACCGUGGACCACCAGUGCAUCGGGGUGUGCGACAAACAUCUGAUCAACCACUACUACUGCAAGCGUCCCAUCUACGAAUUCAAGAUCACGUGGUGGUGAGCUCU